AUGUCGACCGAGGUGUCUCACGGCCGCGGCGGCGCCGGUAACAUCAACCCCGACGAGACUGAGUAUGUCGACGGCUCCAUUGUCCGCGUGGGUCCCGAGGGCAGUCACGGAGACGGUGCAUACAGCGCUGGUCGGGGAGGAGUUGGUAACAUUGGCGAUGCCGGUACGCUGCCCUCUGAGCGCAGGGACAGCGACAUGGUCCCUGAAGAGGCCAGGAAGUCUCUCGAGCCCGGCGAGGCCCACCACCUUGGUCGCGGCGGCAUCGGCAACGAGCAGCCCGCCCCGGAGGACGGCAAACCCAAGGCUCCCGCCGCCGAACCCAAGCCCAAGGUCCCUGUCGGCCUCGCCGACAAGCUCAAGAACAAGCUGUUUGGAAAGAAGUGA